AUGGCGGAUGCCGCGUGGGUAGGAGUGUGAGUGCCGCGUUUCUUAAGAUAUUUCUCAAAUUUCUUGUUCACCAGCAGAUCCAGUAGUCACCAGUUACACUGCUGCUCCUUCCUGUCUUUGCCUGCCGGCUGCCGGUAACUUCCACAGUGGCAGCUGGUCCGUACCUUGUAGUGUCUGUGCUUCGCAGCCCAGCGGUCUCCCGCGGGCCACGUGUCACCAUUCCGUUUCAAGUUUCCGGCUUUCCGCCUCCUACAUUGUGUGACGGUGACGGAUAGACAAUGGAUGCAGGAAACACAAAGCAAAAACGGCAAGAGAAAAAGGAGAAGAAAGUUCUUUUAGUCAUUGAAUAUGAAGAAGGGUCCCAUUAUGUUAAAGUUUCCUCCUCUUACCUCCUUGGAAAAAUACAUCACCCAAACAGAAAGCUCAAUGAGACCAUCAUGAAGUAUUUGUUGGUGGCAGGCAAGCUCGUCAGCAUUUCAGAGGAUGCGUCUGGCCAGGCUGCACCUCAGGGGUUCCGCAUGCCCCUUGACGACAUGAUUGACGUCAUGAGGAGUGAUCUAUGCGGCUUCCUGCAUGUUUUCCGGCAACUGGGCAUGACCUGCUUUGAGGUGCCGGCACUGUGCUCCCUGCAGGAAAUCCUCCAGUUUGAGAGUAGUCUCCCACUGGAAGAGUCACCACAGCAGGUGGCCAAGCCCACUAUCAUACAGAUCACUGCCACAAGACAGUGUAACAAUGUAGUGCAGGAUGAGCAGGCAUCUUCUGAACUCAGCAUCAUUGACAGUGACAGCAGUAGCAGCAGUGACAGUGACGAUGGCGGCAGCAGCAGUGCUGGUGACGGCAAGAGCAGCAGCAGCAGUGUAGCAGAGGAGCAACAGCCGACUCCAGUCCCCCGGUGCAGUUUGGAACAGCUACAAUUUGACAUUGAUCAAGAUGUGCCUUGCCUCACUGCACAGGACACCCAGCAGAAGAGAAAGAGAGCUGCCUCAGUCAGUGUAAGAAUGCAGGAGCCACGGGUGAAGAGAAUGAUGGACUUUGAGGAAAUCAGUGAAAGAGAAGAGGAAGACCUUGAAAUGGUAGACUAAUCAAGGUCAGAUGAAGUAAAGAAUGAUUAGUAACUAUAUACGGAGACUAAUUAUGUGGGAUGCAGUAACCAUAGGAAAUUUUGGUGGUGUGUCGUAAUGCUUAGGUGAAGUAAAGAAUUAAUAGUAACCUUAUUUUCCGUUCAAUUAUGUGGAAUAUUGUAACUAUAGUAAAUCUUGCAGGACAGUUAUAAAGUUUAGGUGAAGUAAAAUGUGAAUAGUAGCCUUAUAUUCAGUUUUGAUUAUGUGGGCUGCUGUAACCACAGUAAAUCUUUAGUGAUGUGAUGGUGAUGCUGUUUGUUCAUGUAGCCAUAGGGUCUAGUCUCAUGUGAAGUGGUAGCUAACAUUCACACAUUUACUAGUGUUCAUAAGUAGUGAGUUACGUUUCUUUUGUCUUAGUAAAAAUAAUUGAGUUGUAGUUCAGGUAAGGUCACAAUUUUGAGUGAAAAUGUGUUUUGAUAAGUGUGGAGAAUCUCAGGAGACAAUUUUACUUUCCAUUUAUUUACUUUUUAUUUAUUUAUUUAUUUCAUUUAUUUUUUCUUUUUACAAUCUGAACUAUUUGAUUUUUAUUGAACUAUUUUCUACCUGCUGGAUAUCUAUUCCAUAUAAUUUUUUUUUUCUCUCACUUAAUGUGUAAGGAAAAUUUAAGUUUUAGUUUGAAAUUGUCAGAAGUAUUGUAUCAAGUUUUUUAAAUUUAUGUAGCUGUAGUCUUAUAGAAUGUAAGGUAGUAAUUGUGCUUUAGGUAGUACGGAAGGUAGUGAUCUGUUUCACACACUCACUCUGCCCAUGGGCAGCGAGUUAUGUUCUUUGUGUCUAAGUAAAGAAGAAAUGUGGAGAGUGUCUCAGGAGACCAUGUUAUUUUUUAUCUAUUGAUUUUUUUUUUACAAUUGAAUAAUUUCAAUUUUAUUUAUUUAUUUUUUUUUUCUAACCAGAUGUCUAUUUCAUUUGUUUUGUUUAUUCAUUUUUCUAUUAAUGAAGUAUAUAAAAAGUUUUAGUUUACAAUUGUCAGAAGUUUUUAGUUGAAUAUUUGAAUGAAUGGAAUUGAUAUGUGAAGAAUCACUGGUUAAUCAAUAAAAACAUGAAUCUUAAUUGGUAAAAAUAGAUUAUAUAAAUUGAUGAAAGUAAAUAUAUUUGUAGUACUGUAC